GCGAAUCUCCAGACCACCCCCUGAUUGCAUGAAUCAUAUCAAGGUUGUAUCUAUCACUAUGAUGUACCUUUCAUGCCAUUUUUCUGUCUUGUACAACAAGUAAAGUUGUCACUAGAAUUGAUAUAAUCGAGUGCUCCAAUAAUGCAUGUAUUCCUAAAAUAAGAGUAGAUGCAUUCAUUCGAAGAAUGAUCAUGAUGGAGGCAUAAAGCGAUGCUCUAGUGGUUCGUGGGAGGCUGUCUCCACACCGAGUCCGGCAAUGUUGUUGCCGAGUAGAUGUACUCCUACUCUGCAAGAUCACGUGCUGCAAAGUUCAAGCACCGCGUGGCCUCCAGAUCGACUACUUGUCAUUCGGGGCUGUAGUUUUUACUAGAGGAACGGGGUGGAACAAGCUCCUUCUGUGGUGGCUCUUCUAGAAGGGACAGUAGGUCGUGCUGUUAGCUGUAGGACCACAACAGCUGCACAGGAAAAUGGACAAGGAUUCUACUCCUUCUCCGCUCGCCGCAAUGGGCGGCAAGAAAGCGGAGUUGCGGACGGUGGAUACGCAGUUGCUAGAACAGACCGUGCCUACAGCAGAUGAGCUACGAGCUCAUGGCGGAGCAUUUCGAGAUACAAAUUAAGCUUAGUUAUUUGGUUUGUAAUAGGAUUUUGAUUUUUUACCUUCAUCAACACAAUCGCAGAAGAGGAAGAUGAACUUAAGUAGAAAGAGAAACAAGAGAUGAAGUACCGCAAGUGCGAGCUCUAAACAAUGCGCGAUACUGUCCGGGCGAACGCGGGUUUAGGUCAAGGGGCUGAGGGCGAGAGGAAGAAACAAGAUGGGGCUUUGCAUAAUCAGCCAGAUCACGUAAGGCGGAUGCAGCAAAGUGGAAGCGAGAAUGAAGGUGGGAAGAAGAAGGGGAAAAAUUUACGGCAGCGAGUUUGAAGUAAGCACUAUAAAGAACUAAAUUUCAUUUUAUUCAUCAAAAUCAACACGCCCCUAGUAGUACUAUCUGGAUCACAUUGAUGCCUGUUGCCAUUCAUCUUGAAAGAUCAAGAUGAUCUCGGAAAUGAAUCGUCUUCAGCGUACUUACUCUAAAAAAUAAGGUCGCUCCAGCAGCAUUGGAUCUGAGUGCAGCAGCUGAGGGUUUUCAAGGAGAUGGAAUGGAUCCUCAGACCCCCAUUCACGAUCGCGUCAAUGCACAUAGAUCCGUGAGUAGACCAAUCACUCCGAGAGAAGGUAUUAGAAUAAACUUCUUAUCCCUGUGAGUGUCUGGCGGGGGUGGUUGAUGUCAGGAGCAAGAUGUAAAUGACGAAUCGUGGUGAAGAAUCAGUUUGAAACCAAAGAACCUCUCCUGUGUGAAAAAUCGCGAGCAUUAUGCAGAAAUAAAGUUUAAGUUACUAAAUUAUACAUAGAUACAACAGUGCUGAACAAUGAUCUUCAUAGGUAUCAUGAGCAGUGCGGGUGGCAAGACGAAGUCUGCAUUGAAAAAGGCCCCUUCCGGUGGACACGAGGGUACGCAGGGCUCCGAGUCGGAGAAUAAGACGGGCACAGGUGCGAGCAGCAGCUUUCGGCAGAUACGAGACAGAACGGCAAAUUAAGGCAAAGAAGGAGUGUUUUUUCUCUACAGGUACUAUGUUCUUUCCGGGUUUGCGGUUAGUCUAUCUAAAAGCAGGGUAAGCGAUGUUAAGCAACCUUCAAUCUAGAACAAUUAUUUGCAUUAUUUUGUUUUUCGUUUUCACAGGUUGUUCGUUUUCUUUGUUUCCUUUUCAGGAUUCUGAGAAAAUGUAAGUGAACCCAAGUAGAUAGAAAUGGGUCCUCGUAUCUCUAUGUACAACUGGAACCCAAGUAGAUGGAAAUGAAAUUAUGGUUUGAACUGCUCUAAGCAAAGCUGAAAGAGUUACGAAGGCAGGCGCGGAUAAACACGGGAACGACGUUGAAGGGACGCCAAGAUCGGGUCCAGCAUCAACGAAAUGAAGGUCGAAGUUUCAGAAAAGGGUAUCCGCAACUCAAUGAGACGGUCGAUUAGGGUAUUCGCAACGCAUUUUUUAUCCAUCUUGUUUCUCAGAAAUCGGAGGUACCCUUUCCCCAUGGAUUAAUAAUAGGGAACAAGAGGCACCAAGAUGAGGGGACCGAGAUGGAUCCAACUAGCACGCUCUAAAUCGAGUUCACAUUGGAGCGAUGUAAACAAGCCUACAAAAUAGCGGAAGACGAAGCGAGGCUGACCAAGAGAGCCUUGCGAAUGCGAGAGAAAGGGCAGAAGAUGGCACGCACGGAUAAUAAUAGUCCGAUGAAGAUGGUUGCGACUUUUUCUGCGGUUGUCAGAGCAAUUUUCUUCUACCACCUUUUUCCGGGUUUGAACGACCAUUGGCUUACCGUUUUCUUUCUCGGGAGAGUCUUACCAGCAGUCGAAAUUGGCAUUCAGUUAAGAUUGAGACGACGAUGUAAUAGAAGUUCUUUCUCCUGUGAUUUACCUUUAAGGCUGUACCUAAUACAUCUUUGGACGCAUCCUUGAAACGUAUGGAGGAGUAUCCUACGGGAAUACGCCGCCAUACUUUUCAAGGAUGCACUUGAAAGAUGACAUACGGACGUCGUGGGCUUCAUAUCAACACUUCUCAUGUCGACAACUUCUUAACCACGACUGUGAAGGUGAACAACUCGAACUCUCCGUUUUCGUCGUUCUCUUUCCGUUGUGCUCUUAGUUCUUCUUCUAAUUUACUGGCUAGCCGUAUCUUAGUUCUUCCUCUAAUUUACUGGUUAGCCGUAUUUUGCGAACCUCAAUUAGGACACAGUAUGGGGAGAAUGUGUCCCUACGAUCCCGGUUACGAUGGCAGUGCAGACGUCAUAGACCCAGUAGAAGGCGUGCCGAAAGGAGAGCCGAUGAUGGUAUUAUUUGUCAUAAUUAUUAAGAAUCUUUACUUCAAUUUGAAUUUUUUUUGCUGAUUUAAAAGAUGUGAGUAUGAGUUUAUCUUUAUUCAAUCAUCUUUAGUAUACUAUAAAGAUAAAGGGAUUUGAUAAAUGGGUUGAAUUUUUUCUAGUAUAAAGCAGGUAAAGGACUAGGAGGACACCUGGGCCGUUGCUGAUAAGAACUCCACCAAUCUUGACGACUUAUUGCAGCCUAUGAGCAAGUAUGUAGUUGGUAAAACCGACCUCUAAAUAAGAAGAAGAAUAGCUGAUAGAAGUGCACAGGCUUUUCGUUUUCUUUUGCCUGCAAGAAGACAUCCUUUCGCGUCCUCAACUCCUCAGGACUCUUUCCCAUUCGCGGCGCAAACUUUCGGAAUCGCGCUUCCUUGGCUCGCUAUUCUCUGGGUUUGGUAUCGGUGUAUUCCCUACAUAUUUUUGCGGGUGUUGUUUAAGGCUUCAGGUGGAGGUGUGGAAGUAUGAUCAUCAAUAUGGUGAUACGAGUUUGAUAUUGACUUAGCGAUGAACAUGAAUUCAACAACCAGAACCCUAUUUGUGACUAGAUCACCUAGGGUGGUGGUCCGCCUACAACAGGGACAAAGACACAACGUUGCCUACUUCUAGAGUAGAAUCGACUAACAUCAUCAUCAGAAGACUUCUUCAGCGUAGCUUUUCUUCUAAUCCCCCGAACCGAAGCCUCGUUAUCGGGUUUUUGCUCUUGAGGAGUGUGCUAACAGUAAAGCGGAGUCCGUCUUCUGUCCAGACAGGGAUGGGUAUAGAUGGGAAUGACUCGAGUCUCAUCAUCUUCACGUAUUCAAGUUGGUUCAUGCUCGGUUUACCGCUGAUCGUCUUCAUCGAUCUUAUCUUAUGUUCUUGUUUUAGGUCCACUCCGAACCGACUAACAUCAUCAUCUUAUGUUCUUGUUGAUGUUGAGGAUCAUUUAUUGUUCUCCUGCAAGAAAUCCAUUUUCGCAAGAAGGCAUCCAGCAUCUUGGACUUACUUGGAUGCCGCGUCUAUCUUUCUUACCGUGAAAGGAUGCCAACAAGAAGAAAUAACUUGCUUGAAUAAUAAGAUGCUGAGUCAGACGACGAGGUUGACCAUUUAAUAUUUCAAAUGAUGGCUUUCGAUUUUUUUACAGUUAAAUAGUAUUUAAUACUUCAACUCUUCAUCGGUGGAAUCAUCUGACUGUCUCAAUCUAAUCAUUGUGCUAGUCGCUUUCUUUCCACUGCGGACGGCGCCGAACUUCCUAAGUGCAGCGAAAUUCUUUCUGCGGCAAAUGAUGUUAGUGGUCGGGUCCCCCAGCUAUAUGUUGUUCGACAUUAUCUUGAUCAACUCGGAGGGACCAGGCGGACCGAGGGAUACGUUUUGGGCUAAACUUGGGUUGGGAGUGAGCAUGGCCACGUGGUGGUUCACGGCUUUGAGGGUAUCGCAAGUGGCGUUCAGGAAUCUGAUAACGAUGUGGGAAGUGAUCUGUCUUAGCAGUAGGAUGGGGCGAGGGACGACAGGGGAAAGUAUAUCGCAGGUCCAGAAGGUCUCGGCAGCAGAGCAGAAGAAGGCAGAUGAGCGGGUCUUUCCACCAUUUUUCAUCGUUCUGGUGCAAAUGGACACCUGUUCUCUCGAACGGGAGAAGUAUGUUCUGAACGAGAACGAGGUAGCGCAGUUUGGGUACGCUCUUUUCAACAACAUCUAUUACGGCUUGCAGAAAUGCAUCUUACUCUUAGCCAGCAUCUUGUGCCCGAUGCUGAUUCCCAAGGGAACACGGGCACCUCCAAGAUGCUCUAUGUAUGAGAUGGAUUUCCUUUACUUAGCUCUAAAUCUACGUCGAGAAUCUAGUUCUCCCGGCAAGCUGCUGUAAGAAUCUGGUGAAAGCAGCCUAUACCUUGUUCGACGCAAUAGAACAUUGCGUGAUUGUAAAAGACAACUGCAUGCUGAGAACAUUCAACUGGUUCAGCAUUAAGGACGUCUUGCAGAAGGCGAAUCUCGUCUACAGCAUGGAUAGAUAUAGGUACAACUUCAACUUCUAAGUUCGUUCCUGUGCCAUAAGUACUCAGUCUUCGCUCUCGAAGGACGCUUAGACCAGGUAAUAGAACCUUCGACAUGAUGAAGCUUCCUUUCCUUUUCUAAAGAUACAAUUUUUACAAGCUGAACAUGUUCAUUCUUCUCCACCCUCUCCAGGUAUGGUCACGAAAAGUUGAAUCUGCCUUUUGAGAUGACGUUCAAGGAUAGCGGGUACUACCUAGUAGCGGGUGAGCGCGUACAGAGGCCAUGGACCGACUUGGAGGCAAUAGUCUUCUGCCGAAUGAUGACAUACAACUAAGGCUUGCUUUUGGUGAAGUUCACACUGUUAUUCAACAUCUAGCGACCACGCCCAUUCCAUUUGCAGCUUCUAUGCGCACAGCAGGUUUGACUCCCAUUUAGUAAUGUUGACAUCCUAAAAGAACGAGGCCAUAGCUGUCGCCAUCCAUUCAUCUCCAUCAAGAACAUCUUCAGCAUCUUUUGCUUACUCUGAUUCUUCUAAUACUCCGGAAACUUGUUGCAUCUGGAUUUGAGCAGUAACCUGAUCAAGGACUACGGCUUCAUGGCGCUUGCAGAAUUCCUCUUCUGCAAUUCACAGCUGAAGACCCUCAACGUCUCGAACAACGAUUUGGAUUUAUGAAGUAGAGGUUACAACUGUGAUAGUGAGUGAUGAUGUAAUUGAGAUUCAGGAUCUAGUUCAUCUAGGGGAGGAAGAGGAUAUGGAUAAGGUAGAUCAAGAGGUAAGCUCGCUUUCUUCAUAACACGGAUUGCAAGACAAAACCCUGGACACGCUGAUGGAUAGUAUAGUGAGCCAUCCUAGACUGGAAAAAGUGCAGUUUUCGGCAACAACGAUGGCGGUACCUUUGAGAGAAUUCGAAGAUGCAGAAGUGCUGCGAUGGGAUGCAUAUAAUGUUUAUACGAUAAAUUAUGCUGCGUGUUUUUUCUUGCUCUACUACGUCGAAUGAAAUGAAGCAAAUACGUUAUUUACAAUUUCGUCGUACACUCAUUAUAUGCACAUCUACUACAUACACUUUUACUACUUUACAACAAUACCGAGGAACUGCUUUCAUUCCCUAUAUUAACGGUAUUCCUUACUUCAACAUCCCACUUGCUAGACCUUUCCCUCUUCCUCUUCUAAGUCACCAUCUCCAUGCUAGUGCAGAAUAUCGUGGAUUUCGUCACUGAGCAUCAGCUGAUCUUCGACUACUUCCCGCCUAAAGCGCAGCAUGCGCACUACUCAAACGUCCUUGAGGCAGUAGUCGCCAACGACAUGAAUCUGUCAAGGCAGCUGACUUGCAGUGUGCAUCCAGAGCUAAGGCGUUUUGUCAUAGAAAGGGUAGCAAGGAAGUGCGGACACCCGAUGGCACCGGACCCACAGGACUUGCUUGACAUUUACACUGACGACAGCAAAAAGAUCAAGCGGAUGACGAAGACGGAGAAAGUAUGGAUGAUGUUUUCUCCAUCUGUCAGAGCAUCUGGGCUGCACCUUUUCCACGUAAAAAUCUAUAGGCUAAAGGGGGGCUUCGGUGGUCUUCAUAGAAGAUGGAAUUAAUAUCAUCCAUAGAAAGCGCGACGUGACACGCUAUUGGUUCCACCCAAAGAGCGCGUAAAGAUUUCUGUUUUAGGCCCUCUAGAGGGCAUGUGCAUGGCGAUGACGUUGCGGAUGUCAAGAUUCCUCAGGGAGGUGUAUUUGGAGUUAUGGAUCUAGCAGUGGAAAGAACUAAGUAGUUUCCACUUGCAGUUUUCACGACUGUUUACUCAUUGUUCUAUCGCGGUUACAUCAAGACCAACGAGGGUGUGCUGGGUACUUAUUAAAAACAAUACCAUGCAUACAGAACGUAGUAUCUCUUCUCUAACCCACGGCAACCGUAUAAGGGAUCGCGGCGCGGAGAUGUUUUUUCGGUUACUUUGCGAGCCGGGGAACGUAGUUGAGAUUUUGUCGUUGGCAAAUUGCGACAUUGGCUAUGCACGGAACAACUACGUAAAGGGGCGUGCGGUGAAAUGGUUGCAACGCGUCCUGACCUUGCCAGACAUGAAUCCGAGACUGACGCAAAUAGACUUGUUUCAGAACGCAGCCUUCGUGGCGUUCGAGCGGGAGAUACGAGUCUGGGUCAUGACCAGGCCACAGACGGACGAAGUCAUGCCUAUGGAAGUCAAUGUGAAACGCGGGAAGUAGAGACGCAGGAAUACUGUCCUGGGAAGGAAACAUUUAAUACUGGCCUGGGAAUGAAACAUUUCCGUAGCCAUUUUGGCUCAAGAAUACGAGAGACGAAAAAUGACAUGAACGAAAGCACGAGUUACAGGAGCGAACAUGGCCAAGAUUAUAUAUAAGAUCAUUUACAAUUGGGGCACCACUUCAUAUGUAUCUAUACAAGUUGAUCAAAUAGAAACACCACGACUGGUUCACUCAGAAUUCACAAUCCCACGAGUCAAAUCGAAACCUAAGAGAUCAGUUUAAGUCUUUGACUUUGUUCAUUCGCGUAUCAGCCGCUCAAGAGCGCAGUCUAAUAAAUCCUUAUUUUGUAACUUACCACUUAGACUUACUAUUGCUAUUGUUCCUCGACUUACUUGAACUUGAAGAAUUUUCGUGUAUUCAUUUUGGUGAAUUCGUUGUAUGGUGCGUCGACGUCCACGAAGACAUGGUGUCAACGCAAUAUUAAGAUUUGGUGCCAACGCAAUAUUAAGGUUUGUUGCAUAUUACAUUAUUCAAGGGGGGUGAGCAUGAACAAGAAGCCAUUGCCACCGACGCGUGGCCCUCGUUGUUGUGAUGCCGCAUUAUGAUUAU